GUGCAUCCGUGUGGCUGUGUAUUGGUGAGUGACGUCGCCAUCGCCUUGACAACUGCUGUGUCGUCAACGUCCAAAGAGGUUGGAGUUGGAACCUAGAAAGGGAGGUGGUGGAGGCUGUUCUCGUCAUCCUUCAGGGGUCAGGGGUCAGCAGUGGGGAGAUCUCUUGUCAGUCAGCGGAGAGAUGGACAUAUUCGGCAGUAAGUUACAGCAGAAGGCUUUGCAGCAACCUAAGCAGAAGAAAUUCAAGUCGGCUGAAUUUCUGAUGGGGAGUGAAGAGCUGUCUCCGAUGGAGGGUAUUGAAAACCCCGCCUUCGACGGAGGAGAAGGAAGCGCCGAGACCUUCACUUCCUCGCCACGAACGGGGAGUGACAUUCGAGGAAAUGAGCGCACCCAAAAUUACUUUGACCCGUCGCCGGAGACGCGGGCGGACCCAAGGCGCGACGGGACGGCCCGGGUCAACACGCAAGAUGAGCCGGAAUUAACAAUGUUGAGCGUUGAUGAAUAUCAGCUGUAUCAGAGAAUGGCAGAACUCCUGGAAGAGGAGGACGGGUUCAUAGACCUGCCGGGUACGCUGUUAGCCCCCAGGGAUGAGGAGGACUCUAGGGUGAAGCCGGGUGGUGCAUGGCAUCAGCCCCACAGGGGAGCUCGAGCCGGGGGCCAGGGGCCCUCGCUGAGACACUCUACUGCCCAGAACGAGCCCGGGGCCCUGGCCUGGGUCGGGACCGGGCCUGGGGAAGGAGCUACUGAACUCGGAACAGACGGGACACUCCUGCCCAGAGAGAGUGCCGUCAAAUCGGGGCCUGCUCCGAUGCUGAUCCCCUGCUACGCCCAGCAGCUGCGGGAGCGCGUGCUGCCUGACAUGAUCACGCUUGGCAGCCUUUCACUGCAGCAGAAGCCGCCGGCAGAAGGCCUGCUGAAGAAGCGUAAGCGUGCGAACAGAAAGGAGAAAAUAACGUCUUUCUUCGGAAGAGGAGUAAAGGAACCAUAUACGCAGAGAGACGCCACACGAGAGGCUCAAGGACAGUGUGACGACGCAGCAGCUUUCCAGUGCAGGACCAUUGAAAACCAAUCACAGAGAGUGCUCGGGGAAGGCCAAGAGGAAGUGAUGGUCAAAUACAAACAGAUGACAGAAAUCCCAGAAUCCUCCUGUCCUCCUCCCCUAUGGCAGGAGGAACCGCACCAGCCCAUCGACGUGCGGGUUCGAUGCCUGAGGGCCGUCCGGGACAAACUGCCCAGGGGCCUCUACACGGUCAGCGUAAGCCUCCAUGCUCGUCUUGGGGGCCCGGCCCUCACCCAGUCAGGGGCCGACUCGGACCGCGCGGCCGAAAACACCACAGAGCCGGCAGAGCACGGGGGCCGCUACUACGACACGGCGCUGCACUUCAACCAGAGCACGCGCAUGGUGAGCCUAGCGUUCAGGAGAGCUUAG